AUGAAAAAAAGUAAAUUUAACCCGACCUUAUUAACUUUUCUUCCUAACAAGUCACAAUCAAAAUUUGGAAGCCCUGAAAAUAAUGAAGCUUCUCAUACAAUUUUUUGCAAAAUUAAGAAAAGAGAUACAGUUGGAAUUCAGUGCAACUCAAAAAUAGAAUUAAUUGAUAGAUUAGCUAAGCCAGCUUUUUCAUUUAUAUCUUCAUAUACCAAAGAUUCAAGCCACCAUUUUGGAGAUGCAGGGACUGAGCUUGAUUUAAAACCGCAUGUGAAGAAUAUAGGCAGAAAAGAACCAAAAAAAGUAACAAAAGCAGAAUUUUAUAGAGGACUAGUAAUGACUCCUAGGCUGCAAAAUAUUCAUAAUCCAGCAGGAGAUAUGCCUAAAUCUAUGACUCCUAUAAGCAAAAUUCCAGAUACUGAUUAUUAUUCAUCGUUUUUUAAAUCUAAAAGCUCUAAAAGUAUUAUGCCUUCGUCAAAAAAUUUGGCGAUAAAAAGAUCGUUAUCUCCUAUUGUAAAAAAUGAACUUAAAGAUUUGCUGACAAAAACACCUAAAAACAAAGAAAUGAAUAAUUCAGACCAUUUGAAAAAUUUAAAUGCAAGCAGCACAACUGUAAAAAUCUCACCUAGAUAUUACAAAAAAUUAGCGAGAAAAAAACCUAAGAUUAAAAAAGAAAAUAAAGUGCUAAAAGAAAAACGCAAUGAGAUUGGUAAUUUAUGCACAUUCGAUAGCCUUCACAGUCUAAGAAUCUGUAAUUUAUAA